AUGUCGAUGUACCUCACCGGCGAGGACGAGGAUGGGGAGGACAAAUUCGAGUUCCUCAGCCGCGGAUCCAUGGUGGCGUCGCUCGAAAACUUCACUCACAGAGACACGUAUCCGCCGGAAAGCGCAUCCAGGGUCCUCUGGGAGAAAUUGGUCGAGGAUCCAGCUGAUUUUCUGGUGACCGAGCGUUACUUGGAGAGAACGUCGGAUGAGGAACUUGAUUAUCGAGGUGUUGAUGUCGGUUUCUGUAGAUCAAUUGAAGGUCCCGUGCUAUUCUAUCCUCAAUCCCUGUGUAUAUCAUAUGUUUUAAUAAAAGCAGUUUUUGUGCCCUCUUUCCAUGAUAUAAAUUUGAAAUAUAACCUUUUUUUUGUCCUACAUGCACCUGAACUUGUAUACAAGUCUCUACCUGCAAGACUUGUUGUUGGAAUGCCAUCUAAGGUAGGCGGUGGAGGAACAAGUCGUGCUUGUUAUUUCAUAAAGUUGUUGAUUGAGAAGAAUUACGCACUGCCGUCACCUGUGUUCAAUGCUUUGGUUGCUCAUUUUAUGAGAUUCUACGAGGACUCGAGAGUAAUGCCUGCGAUCUGGCAUCACACACGUCUUGCAUUUGCACAAAGAAUGCUUUCCUAUCCUAAAACAAGGUUCUGCUGGAGCUCAUUUGUUCAAGUUUUGGUCAACGUAUAUAAAUCGUUCUAUAAUUUUGACCCCAGAGGAGCCAGUUUACGUGACUGCCAAGCAAUACCAUGGUACACUGCAGAGUCGUCAAUCACGUGCCAAAGCUUAGCUGAAGAAGGAACUCAUAAAAUCUCGAAAGGGUACUUUAUAACCGAAAACAUCGUUGAAGGCUCACAAACCUUUACACUAAUAGCACAUUAUGGAAUGAAAGGAAUUGCUUUUAGGGUUGAAAUUUAG